AUGUCCGAGGCGAUCCUGCUUCAGCCGGUCAACAAACCCGGAACGUCAUGUCUGGGCUGCCGGCGAAGAAAGUUGAAAUGUAGCCGCGAGCCGGACGGAUGCAACAACUGCACCAAGUCAGAUUUACCAUGUGUAUACCCGGCGCCCGAGGUGGGCGUCAAGAAGAAACGAGGGCCGUACAAGAAAGACAAGCCGGCCCGGCAACGACAUCUCGAAGAUCUAGUCAAGUAUCUUGAACCCAAAAACUCCAGUCCGGACUCGAAUGGCCACACUGAAGCCGGCAGUUCUGCUGCUGCUGGGUCUCCAGGACAUGCGUUUGGAUCCGCCACGUCCUCAAAUCAACCUUUCCCAGGGGCGGGACUCAACGCGCAUUCCGAGGAUCUGGUCAAAGACGCGUUGAUAGCAUUGACGAAGUCAUCUGUAUCAGAUCAGGACUCUCGCCUGGAUAAUGGUGCCUUCCUGGCGCAGAAUCAAUCCCAUGGGACGCAACCCGUCUCUGGCUCACAUCAUCCGUCAGUCCGAAGAAUUUUCGAGUACUGGCAUAUCUAUACGACCCGAGUAGACCCUCUGGUCAAGGUCUUCCACUGUCCGACGAUUGGCAAGACACUAUUCACUGUCAUCGAUGACCUGGGAAAGAUACCCCAGUCACUCGAAGCUCUACUCUUCAGCAUCUACUAUGCUGCCGUCAGCUCGUGUACGGCACGAGAAGUGCGACAGCGGUUCGGCGAACGUCAAGAUGUUCUCAUGAAGCGCUACGGUCGCUGCAUCGAAGCUGCAUUGGGGGACAACUACGAAAUGCCUGCAUUGGAAACCUUGCAGGCGCUAAUAUUAUACAUUAUCUGCAUCCGACGUCAGGACGACGGCACAAACAUUAGAGCCUUAUUCGGCUUGGCGGUACGAUCAGCUCAAAUGAUGGGAGUUCAUGAAGAUAUCGAGGGACGGUAUUCGCCAUUCGAGACGGAAUAUCGUCGUCGUCUCUGGUCCCAUAUCUGCGGAUUGGAAAACAGAACGGCAGAAGAAGGCGAGUCCAGAGUGACCAGCAUCAUGGCAAACCAAAGUGUCCGCCUGCCUUCGAAUCUCGACGACUGUGAUCUGUACCCUCAAAUGACGGAGCAUCCCAAGCCAAGGCAAGGUGUAACCGAGAUGACUUUUGCGCUGGCGAGGUUUGAGAUCCACCGCCUCAUGUUUGGUAUUUGGAGUAUUCGCAGGCAACGAUCGGGAAGCUGGUCUCAUGCGCCGCCGUCAGGACUUACUGGGGUGCGAGAAGACCAGAUUUCUUUCCUGGAGCAAGCCACGGAGAGGCUACAAGCAGACUAUCGCCAACAUCUGGACCCAUCACGGCCGUACGACUGGCUCUGCUUGUGCCUUAUAGAUGGCAUGCUGAUCAAAGCACAGCUACAGAUCGACUUUCCCUUUGGCACAAUACCCACCAAGGCGAUGCCAGCCGACGAACGGAGUACUUUACUCAAAGCUUCUGUUGACAUCAUCCAGUUCACCCAUCUUCUAGCCGUCGAUGAGCGGGUCGGUGACUGGCAGUGGUACUUCAGAGGCUACGUACAGUGGCACUCUAUCGCUAUUGUCGUUGCGGAGUUGGGCUGGAAUACCAAUGCACAAUUUGUCGACACCGCCUGGCAAGUGCUGGAUCCUGUACUGGCAGACUGGGAUGCAAUCUUCAAAACCAAGCGAGACGAACCAGCCUGGGACCAUGUCAAUGCUCUAAUAGAAAGAGCACGACUACUGCGGCGGCAGAAGAAGACUCAAAAGGAAAAGAAUAAGCCGACUCGUAACCUCAGCCCGGCAGAAUUCCAAAAACAAGCAUGUGGAACACCUAUCAACGCCCAGGCUAUCAUGCCGAUGCAAGAGAACGGAGAAGGCUAUUCAGCGUAUUACAACGGUACCGGGAACAUGUCUUCAACAACGCCGCAGUCCCACUCGGUCCCGACACCCACUCAUCCAUGUGCGGGACCCAGCGCACUGAUGAACUUCGACUCCACCUUCAACCCGAGCUUUGACAGCCUGGACAAUAUCGACUUCAAUGCUUUCGAUGAGGUGUUUGGGAAUGGGUCGUGGGACUUUUUGGAGCAGCUGGACGAUGUCAAUCUGCAUCUUGAGCGCAUGGAUCGGUGUCAGCAGGUUAUGGAUAUGAGGCAGUGA